CUGGCUUGACCGCGGUUAAGGCAGCUAUGGGUGGAGUUAGCGUAACGCUCACAGGGUGUUGGGUCGGUUUAUAAUGGAAAACUGCGUCACUCUGACCGAAUCAGUUUCACCUCCCAGCCUUGUUGACAGAGGAAGGAUGUUGCACAUGGUUCGGCUCUGAUGGGACCCCGGCUCACAACCGCGACUCUUUGAUCUAGAUUUAUUUUAUUAUUUUUUUACGCUCCGGAGCAGCAAAGAUCGACCAGGACGCGUUUACGUGAUUAACACAGUCCCGGAUUUAUUUGUGCUUGUUGCUGCAGCUGCUGCCUAAAAAUGAUCCCGCGAUGGGUUCGAUGAAGCGGACCGGUGCCAGAGCUUUGCAUCAAAACCAUUCGGACCUGGACUGUUAGAAGCACAACAUGGACGGAAAUCAAAAGAACUACUGGGGCCAAGACCUGCACAGGGUGUGCUUCGGCCUGAGCGCCGACAUGGACCACGACCUGCAGGAGCUGCAGCAGCAGCAGCAAAUGGCCAAGGAGUUUAACUCCGGCAUCUCCUUCCCUGCUUUCUACUCGGAGGCUUACCGCCCGGCGUCGGGUCACGCCCUGCGGCCCUGCGAGGGAGACCAGGUGGUCCCUUCCUCCCAGAGAAGAGGCCGUCAGAAAGAGGCCAAACCGCUGCCGCUGCCGCCGCCGCCGCCGCCUGACCCUGAGGACCUUAUGUCAGACGAAGCUGCAGACAGCGAGGUUGAGUUUUUCACCAGCGACCGCCAGCGCCUCCUGCCUAAAAGCUGCCCAAAGGCCAUAACCAGAGGCAGCGACAAAGACUGCGGUCAGGUUAACAGCGCUUACCGGGGGAGCUCACUGGGGAUCAGGCCCGCUGGGAGAGACUCGCUGGCUUUCUCUUGGCCAAGCAGAGAGGACAGACCGCUGGGUGGAGGAGGCAGGAUGGCGGCCGAUAACUUGCAUUACUUUGCUCACGAGAAGAGAGACAACCAGCAUGAAAUGUCUGCUGUCAUGGCUGCCUUUGGAGAAAAACAAUCAGAGCAACCCCAAUCAUCACCCAGAAACCCGUUUUCCUCUUCGGGGCCUCUUUCUCCCCCCAUCCCCCCUGAGAAACCUCAAAUCCCUCCCCGUAUCCCCAUCCCGCCCAAACCCUCAGCUCUCUGGAAGCCCGGCAGCCGCAACGACGACGACAAGCCCCCCAAAGUCCCCCCAAGGGUGCCCUUGGUCCCGCCCUGCCCGCCGCGCACCCCGAGCCCCAAAAGCCUCCCCAUUUACAUCAACGGAGUGAUGCCCGUCACUCAGAGCUUCGCUGCUAAUCCGAAUUAUGUGAGUAAGACUUUACAGAGACAGCAGAGCGAAAGGGCGCCGCCCGCCGCCCAGUUCUCGCCCUGCAUCGUCCCCAUUCUGAAGGACGGCAAGCAGGCCAGCGCCACGCAUUACAUCCUGCUGCCGCCGGGGCGGCCUGCUCACGCCGAGCCACGGGCGCGGCUCCUCAGCGAGCCCGGCAGGACCGGCUGUGUCUGGCAGAAGAGAUAGAAACCUUCCAGUGAAUACAGAAACAGUAGCUGACGUUAGGCAUGGGCCGGUCACCGUCUCACUUUUAGGUCCAAAAAAAUGCAGUUUCUUGAUCUUAAUAACAAAAUUAGGAACAUCCUGUGCAGAAUAUUUGACCUUUUUGCCUUUCUGCUCUUUAUAGAGUGACAUUAGGAGACCAUCAAGAUGUCAUCAGCUGCUAGCUUAGCCGGGCUGUCUACCUAAAUAAUUUUUCAGGUUUUAACCGUGAACUGCUAAACUAUUAAUCACUUAAGCUCAAACAAAUCGUGAAUGCUGAAACCGACUGCCGAUGUGUGCUUGUUGCUUAGCACAGUCUCACAGCUUUUCAGGAAUCUGGUCUAUGAAAAUAUCGGAAGUGUCCAAAACUACGAGGAACUUCUUCAAAGCGCAAAUUGUGAACUUUGGCACCUUUUUAUAUAAAGAAGGAAAAAAAACCCAAAGUUUUAGUGUGCUGUUUGGCAGUUUAAACAAACCUGGUUUAAGGAGCACAGGGCCAGUUCCACCUCAGAUUUAAGGGCGAUAUGGCUUUUAUUUCUUUUCAUUUUCUUUUUUUUUAUGUUUAUGUGCGUUCAGUCAAUAAAUCAAAAAAGCAAAAUACUGAAAGGCAAAAUGUUAUGGGCCAAAUGAACAAUAAUUAAUCCCAUUUAAUCUUAAACCAAUGUGAAACACAUGCAUCUACUCAGCAUUUUUACAUUUUCGUCGAAUAAAAUUUGACCAAAAAAAAUGCAAUUUUUGUUAUCAGCAGUAACCUUUCUUUUCAGCCAGCUGACUGGCAGUACAAAGCGACCGGUGGGAAAGGGGGCAGCGCCGCAUUAUUUAAUACCCCAGCACUUUCUCUGGUACCUUUUUAUUAAAAGGACCAGGAACCGCUGGGACGGUAAAGCAGAACCUCGGCCCAUGCCUGACCGGCCCCUCUAACGUGUACACCAUACACUGCUGUACUUAUGGUAUUUUCCUGUCAAUCGAUUAUUUUAUCUUUUGGUUUCACUGUGAUGUUUUCGACUGAAUAUCCUACCGGUCAGUAUUUUUUUCCAGAGAUGUUUUUUUUUCACUGUUCACCCUGCGCCAAUAAUCUACAGUAUUAGAGCGUUUCCCUAGUGGUGGAGGAAAAAUACUUACCUCAUGUAACAACUCGUCACGACUAAGUACGUCUCAAUAAAUUACAAUAUCAGUAAUUUCUGUAACUCAAUAAGAAGAAAAAAAAGAUCUCAGACAGUAGGUAAUUAUUCCUCACAGUGAUGCAUUUCUGUUGAUUUAGGUGAUUCUGGCUUCACAGUUAACAAAUACUCAAAAUUCGGUUUCUCAGAAAACUUGAAUAUUACAUAAGACCAAUAGGUAAAAGAUUUUUUUUAUAUACAGAAGUAUCAGCCUACUGAGAAGUACGUCCAUGAUCUUUCCGGUGUUGCUGCAGUCCACACCUUGUGGGUCUCCCAAAAAAUUCAGAAAUGGACUUUGCUUCAGAACCCUGUCAAGCCUGCGGGUUUCCCUGCUGCUUCUGCCAACGGACUGUUUCCAUCCAGCUCUCUGGAAAAAAAAACAGCUCUACCCUGGUGGCCAUAACAAAACAUUAAUAGAUUUAAAACCGCUUUUUUAUUGGUCAUACAUUUACGUUUUCUGAGAAAUUGGAUCAGUGAUUUUGUUAAAAAAUGUGAAUCUUUUAAUGAUAUUCUACUUUACUGAGAUGUACUCGUCCUGCGGUUUUCUGCGUGUAAUCACUGAGUCGUGUUUAAUCCUAAAUUUGUUCUUAAUGCCACUAAAACCAGCCUGAAUUGAUUCAGUUUUUUUUUUUCUUAAGAGAGCGAAUGAUUUAAAAUGUACAAGCUGGGCUUGUUUUUAUGACUGAUUGCACAAGUUUUUGUAAUAGUACUCGAGGGGUCUAGUAUAUUUAUACGUGUGAUAUUUUGCCAAAUCGUUUUAAACAUUUAGAGUUAUGGUAAAUGUGACAGUGAAGGGUUUGCUUUGUAAAACACCCUACGGAGCUAGAGACAUCAGCUGAUUGGACUCAUAGCUUAAAAUGUCAUGUUUUCAGGUUUGGAUUUUGGAAAUGGAUUUGCUUGUUUCUGAUUAUUAACCGAUUUUUAAGGCGUAACCAUCCAACUUGUGUAAUUUUGUUGCAUUAGUGUCCAACUUGCACAUAUUAUAAUGAAAGGUUCACAAACCAGCACCUCAAGACUGAUGGGAAAUCAAAAUGAGGCAUCAGCGCUCUUAAUUUAAUUUUACCAUUCCUGCAUUUAUACGUAGUCUCCUACUUUCCUUUAGCGGUUGAGUUUUUAUAUAUUUUUUUUAAACAAGAGGCCUGUUUAGCUCUAAUCAGCUGUCACGUUUAUGAUAAUCAUUUGUUCCCAUGUGCACACGUAGUGUUAACGUGUUGAAAUGUUGAGAUUUAUUCGACAAAGAUCUGUGGAUGGAGAUGAAAUCCCGUUAGGUUUACACUGCUGAGGUUCAGACUCACGUUUACAACCUUUGUUACGCCGACUUCGUGGAAGUCCUUAUGAAGGUUCAACAUGGAUUUAGGCCCUAGAAAGGCUGCAGAUUGUAAUAUUGUUUCAUGGUCUAUUUAAUUAAAUAAAUAACUUAUUCAUUGUGUAA